AGCAGCAAGCCGAGCGAGUAGUCUGUGUCAACGUCUGUGUCAACGUCUCGAGAGUUGUAGAUCAUGAAGGGACAGCACAGCAGAAGCCAUUUGGGCAAAGCACAGCAGAAGCUCAAAUUGUACUUGUUGAAAUGUAGUAUGAGUACCAGCAUAAUUUGUACAAAUUCGCUUUCGCACACGACAAAUUUUGAUCUAGGAGCUACGGCACGGCUGGUCAACAUGAUCAUCGGAGGUUGUCUCUGAGAAAAAUACAUAACCACCACGGAGCCCUCAUCGAUCUUGCGGCGGCUGACACGACCAACAGCUAACACUCGAAAAACGUACGGCGCAAAACCAACAACAUGUUGCAAGCCGGCAAGGGCAACGUGCUCACGGGGUUUCACCUGCAGUCUCUGGAGCUCCGGCAGUACGAGCUGAACUAUUUUAUGAUGGUUUUUGACAAGCUCGCCCAGGUCGCCGGUUUGCUCGCGGGCUUCAGCUCGACUCUGGUUACCAUGGACAUUGCGCGGUCAACCAACCUAUCAAAUGUAAAAAUGUCUCGGUCUGGAAGAAUGCAACUUGUCAUGCUAAAUCUGAAUCAUGUAAAAGUCUGUGUUGCAUCAUUACCAAAAGCUGUCCACUUUUGACGUAAUCGAGAGGCAGUUUCUCAUGCAGGAUAGGCAUGAUAGAACUCUCACAGGAUCUGUUAUGCUAUGUCCUACAUGCCAGACCUCAUGGGUCAUGGAAAACGUGCAUGACAAACCUGGCAAUCUUCCAGACCCAGACAUUUUUACAUUUGAUACAACCCACUGAUUGUGCUCCUCUUCCUGACCGCCAGCUCGGGCGCGUUUGGCUUCAAUUUGCUGGUAAUACUGAUCUCCACUCUGACCUGCCUCUGGGGCCCGGGAAAGGCGCUAUCAAAUGUAAAAAUGUCUGGGUCUGGAAGAUUCUGAGACUUGUCAUGCAUAUUUUCCAUGACCCACGAUGAUGUCGGUGAUGCAUGCCCUAGCAUCACAGAUUUUUUGAGGGCUUCGCGAUGCCUAUUCCGCAUGACAGAUACCCUCUCCGCGUAGCAAAAAUUGCACUUCCUUUGCUGCUCAUGCAAUACAGAUUUUUUUGGAAUCCAACAGAAAAGAGAAAACCCAACAGAAAAGCACCACCAGCACCAGUAGCCACGGCAGAAGAGCAACCUCCAGCAAAAGGUCCGCCACCGAAGAAAGCAAAGGGGGCGGCCGGGCCGAAACCGAAGCCACCGGUAGCCGCGGCAGAGGAGCAACCCCCACCAAAGGCCACGGCACAGCAAAAAGCAAAAGGGGCAGCCGAGCCGAAACCGAAGGCACCGGAAGGCAAACCGCCGAAACCCAAGGCGAGCGGGACGAAGAGACUUACAGAGGAGUCGGAGGAGCAACCGGAGACGGUGAGCAAAAAACAGAAGCAAACCAGCAAAAAACAAGACGAAGCCAAACCGGCGAGAAACAAGCCACCGCCUAAACAGAGCAAGUCGCCAAAGCAGUCUGCUAGUUCCGUCGCGACGAACACCGCAGAAGUGGCACCACCGAAGGGCGAGCAAGCUGAGACGGGCGCGAGUCACGGAACGAAGCAACCGGCUGCGCAGAGAGAUCGGAGGGGCCCGAAAGCGGCAAACAGGCUUGGCGGGGCAGCCGAAGUAGACAGGCAGGAAACAGUGGCAACAGAGAAAAAGGAAACACAACCGGUGAGGCCGCUGGGUUCCAUGUUUACAUCGACGAGCCAGUUCUCGAUGGUCAGCGAUUUGUUCCGCGCAGUGGAACGCAUCCAGAACAACGGCAACCAGCCAGCCUCCUCCUCCUCCUCUUCCUCCUCAUCCUCCUCAUCCGCAAAUGCGAAAACAUAAAAAAAAAGAAGGACCCCAAUUGUCGGACCCCGACAGAUACCUCCCAACCCCUCCUCCCCACCUAGCAAUAGUCCUCGCCCACGAAAAAUACGAGGGCGCACGUACAACCAGGCGGAACGGAAAAACAAAUAAGACACCCUGACGGCAUCAAGUAGCAAACGACGACCACGGGCAGGCAGAAACCGUGGCGCGCGCGACGGCAAAUCGACUGACGACAACAAGCGAGAUUGCGAGAUAACGAAACUGAAAUCAAGCCAGUACUUGACUGAAAUUCUGUACAUGUAGAGUUGCACAAAGAUGCAAAAAGGAAAGAAAGAAAAAGGAAAAAGUCAAACGAUGUCCCUGCUCGAGACGGCCACUAUCACCCGAUGGCCCUGUUCGAACCCGGCGACGGCGAGGGGAGACGAGAGCUACCAAGCGGAGCGACACAAAGGAAAAGAGAGCAACCUUCAAAAUACAUGGCCUAACGUUCGCACAAUUCCGCACUUUUGUCCUUGCUCCCCGAAAGGGGGUUUCCUGAGGGUGGGGGGGUGCGGGAAGUCCAAAAGCAAAUGGAACGAAAGCCGCCUGCUAACGAAGCGAUCAUGAAAGAGAAGGCCACGGCAGCAGUGAUGUCAUGCUAUCGAUGUGGCCCGCGGGUGAUUUCGGUCCCCUAUUAGGCAUGGGGUAGAACGAGCGUCAUGCUACGCGAAGACUUGUCAUGCUGAGUGAGCGCGUUAAGAACAGGCCCCACAGUCAAGGAGACAACAGCGGCAAAAUGAUCAGCCUUCGGGCGCGCGCGAUGCUUGUUCCAUCUGUUUUUCCGACGAGUCACUUCCUUCGCCAGGGCCUUGCUCAACCCUGGACCAGAACGAGUAGGACAGAGGACCCAAGAGGUAGGCCCUGUAGCGGAAAGCUGGAGCAAAACUAAUUUUUUUUGAAAACGAACCCAAUAGGAGCCGACCUGCGUGGAUGGUUACAAAACAGGUAGCUUGACCCCAAAUGGCAAUGAUCAUUGGGAGCAGCAGAGCGCAGCAGGACCCCGGGACUGCAACAGCUCACCCCUGUUUUCACUUAGAUAUACGCAGUGCGCCGAGUAUGCCACUACCUCGACCCCUCAAGAAAAGAAGUAGCCCCCCCAAGUACAAACUCGCCGUCCGCGAUCAGGAUCCCAUGCGUACUAACCAACACUGUGCGAACCGAGAUCCCGCGGGGCACAGGGUCUGGGCGGCUCGAAGCAGAACGCGCAGCACAAGCGGGAGACAACACAUCCAAAGGUGGGGAUGGUCUCAGGUCGUUCAGGUUCGCCAAGGGUUGCGUCUCGCUAUCAGGGUUUCGCCAACUCCGCGGGGGCGUUGCGGGUAUCUCCCUAAAACACCAAAACCGGCACAAAUUGGGCCGGCAGUCCGGGUAAUUGCUCACCAGCCGGUUUGUAUGACGAAGAAGGUGCUCGACGAAGGAAGAAGUAAGCAUGUAACUAGCACCUCCGGUUGGUAGAGCGAUCGGCUACCGAGGCACGUCAGGGCGGCGUCGCUACUUCAAUUCAAAUUCAAUCCAAAUUCAGCAUCACAAGUUGCAUUCUUCCAGACCCAGACACUUUUACAUUUGAUAGGCGCUACUCGGGGACGACACCGAGCACGUGCACGCCACCAUCGCGAUCAUGGAGCGGCUACAGUCGACGGUGGUAUUUUCUCAUACAUCAGCAUCAGUUGAUGUCACCAGUGCGAAGCUUAAACCUAUACUUACUUGCAUACUUACACCGACCACUCAUAUCAUUCUACUCGAACCCGGCCACUGAUUUAUUAGCGGUCCACCUAAUAUUCAGAUUAUCACUAUCCCUAACCCUACCGAACUCGAUCGUUCUUGCAUGCGACUCCUACCUGCUCCAAGAAUUUCAUCCAAGAAACCCAGUUGAACGAACUUCAUCUGCAGGUCCGCUUUUUCAUUCUCGGUCUUUUUUCCUACUUCGCCGCGUCCAUGAUGAUAACCUGGCUGCUGUUCGACUUCAUCGCGGCGUUAACGGUUUCAAUCUUUUUGGGCUUGACUUGCAGUGCGGUAUUGCGCCAGAUAGCCCUGCUGCGAAAGAUUUUCGUUGGACAGAGUGGGAAAAUUGUCACCGGGUAUAUUCGCGGGAAUCCAACACAAUCACAGCACGCAGGAUGAUAGGAAGAGCGUUUUUUUUGCAGCACAAACUUUUUCCAAAGGCAAAGCACACAAAACGGCAU